AUGUAUUAUCUUUAUGUUCGAGUUGUGAAAGCAAAAGACUUGCCUACAAAUCCACCGACUGGAAAUUACAAUCCAUAUGUAGAAGUGAAACUUGGGAAUUAUAAAGGCAAGACACAGCAUUUUGAGAAUAAAACAAACCCAGUAUGGAACCAAGUUUUCACGUUCUCGAAAGAGAAGAUUCAUUCAUCUGUUGUUGAAGUUUCCGUUAGAGACAGAGCGAUGGUAACAAAAGACGACUAUUUAGGAAGGGUGGUUUUUGACAUGAAUAAAGUGCCUACUCUGGCUCCACUGGAUAGCCCUUUGGCGCCUCAAUGGUAUAGGAUAAGGAUCAUCAAGGAGAAAGCAAGGUGA